GUGUUGCCUUCAUAAUACAAUAACACGCUAGUACAAAGGUUAGCAGCAGGCUGAUGAGGAGAUGCCAUGUUAAAGAUUUUUAAAUAUUUAUGCUACCUGCAACCAAUAAAAUGGGAUGGUUUGUCUAAGGCACGAACGACUUGAUAUACAUACAGCGACAAACAUUUGUGUUUGGUCCGCAAGUGUGGUCAUCUUAUAUCAGGGUAACUAGUAAGAAAUAUGUGUGAAAAGUAAAUCAAGUGGGAUUGUACCUAAAGAUUUUAAAGAUUCAGUUGUUGAUUGAUUUUCUCAGUGUCUCCUGAAGUUGAACUAAAUCAAAAAACAUUCAUAUUGAAUUAAUUAAAUUCAAUAUAAGGACAUUUAUAUACAAAUAAAAAUACAAGGCCACUGUGUCAGCGGGUGGCUAAUUUUCAAAUGCAGUCAUUUAACAACAUGUUUUGAAACAAAUUAGUUGAUGACAACAUUAACUGAUCAAUUGAUUAAUGGACGAAAAGUGUUAAAGUGUCAUUGCUUCGUAAUCAUUGCAGAAUGAGUCUUUGAAAUUCCCAACAGCACUUGAACGCAGCGUACGUUAGCUAGCAGUGUAGCUUUGGUUAGCAUUUUGAUAGCAGCGACAAUUCGCGACUCCUCUGCGCAGCGCCAAGUAACUUUGUGCUCCAUGUAUGAAGAGAAAUAAGCCUAAAAAAGGAACUAUCCGUCUCUACUAAUGGACGUCAGAGAGUAUGUUUUAUCUGCCGGCAGAGCCGUGCAGGACAUGGUGGAGCGGGAGUGGCAGCCCCUGUCCCCGGGCGAGCUGGAGCAGCGGCUGGACCAGGCGGUGGAGGAGAUCCUGGAGGCUGACCUGAUGGCUAAACUUAAAACUCAACCUGCUCCUGCUGUUUAUGUGCAGUUACUGCAAAGUCAGGCUAACGUGCAGGUGCAGCCCCAGGCUCUGCAAACUACAACAUCCAGUCCCCCGGAGGAGGAGAGUCCGGAGCUCAGGGAGCCGCUGGACACUGUGGAGAGUGCUGCAGUCAAGCACAUCGCAGACCUGCUUCAAACCUCCAAGUCCAGGGCUCGGAUGGCUGGGCGGGCUCGGUUGUCCCUGUCCCACACUGUCCUGCUGUCCCUCACUCUGCUCACCGAGCGUGUCAGCUACCGCUCAGUGUCCCGUCGCUUUCACCUGGAGAAAGGAAACAUCCACAGGAUCUUCUUUUCUUUCUGUGAGCGUGUCAACAUGCUGGAAGAGAGGCUGAUCAGAUGGCCAGUCGGCACAGAAGCUGCUGAGGCCCUUUUCCCAUUUACCAGUCCAGAGAAGGAGUAUGAAGAGGAGCAGCAAGGUGUCCCCCAGAUCCUGGGAGUAUUGGGACACACCCACAUCCCGAUCCGCCUGCCUAUAGGGAAACAUGAUGUGGAGAGCACAGUGCCUGAGGUGAAGAGGAUGAAGAAGGAGGCCCAUCCAGACUCUUGGCUAAACCUUCAGCUCGUAUGUGACCGUAAGGGCCGCUUCCUGCACUGCAGAAUCAGUAAAGGAUCAGAUGUGGACAGAGGCAGUGCUGUGCUUGACAAACUCAAACAGCAUCCUGAACUGAUGCCCGCUGGCUCCUGCCUCGUGGCCAGAGCUGGCUAUCCGCUCACUGCUCAGAUUUUAACUCCAUACUCAGGAAGUCUCGGACCAAGAGAGGAGCACUUCAACAAGACGCUGCAGGAUCAUUUUCACAUCCUGGAUCAGGCUGUGGCCAGCCUGAGAGCCAGAUUUCAGAGGCUCAGGUAUCUGGAUAUUGGGAACUAUGAUCGAGCCAGAGCUGUUGUGCUGACUGCCUGCAUGUUGCACAACGUGUUUUUGGACAUGGGACAAGUGGUUCAAGGAGAAGUUGAGAAAGAGGAAGCGGUAACCGGAGAGGAAGUGGGGGAGGUGUGCGACGAGGGAGUACAACGACGUGACGCCAUUUCAGAUUUAUUGUUUAAAAACACUGAUUCUGGGAACACAUGAUGCGAUGAGGUCUUUUGGAAACUUGUGUUUUGUUUUAAAUGAACAGUUCUGUAACAUAAAGUUUUAUUUUAACAGUAAUUCUUCUGUCCCGGUCUGUCUGCACACAUACUGCUGCUAACAGAAGUUUGCUGUUAAAGCAUUUACAUUUUGUGAAUUUGCUGUUUUCCACAUAAUCGACCAUAAUCGGAAUGACAAAUGAUAAUAAUUUGCAAGGUUACAACUGUUUCACCAUAUUUUACAAAUAGAAAAUAGAGAUAUAAACACACAGAGUAGAUGAGGACUGUUAAAAGAGUUAACUUGUCUGUCAUGGACACAGGUUUCACUCUGACACAAAUAGAGAUACCAGUGAUUUUCUUUGUUCCUCGGAUUGAAAGAACGAGUCAAAGCCAAUAAUAUCUGUACUGUGACAGCAGAAUACUGAGAAGGAGCACAAUAAUUUCCACAGAAAACUGGCAAGUUAGGUUAUUUCUGGGUUCUAGGAAACCUAUCGUUGAUAACCAUUAUAAACUAAUCUCCCCACUCAAAGUCUUUAAAACACCUUUCUGUUAAUUCCAUUAUCGAGAA